CGAGCGGAGUCGUCGCGUGCGCGGAGCGGACUGUGCGAGACCUCGCUCCGGGUCGACGAGCGGCGAGAGGAGGCGGCGGUGGCGGUGGCGAUGGCAGGUGGAGACGCCAGGGAUUAUCUGGCCCAGCGUCAAAUCCCGCAGCUCUUCGAGAGCAUGCUGACGGGUCUCAUCCAAGCCCGGCCCGACGACCCCGUGGGCUACCUGGAGAGCUACCUGCGAGGCGCGCGAGAGGCGGGCGGCAGCUCGGCGCAGGGCGGAGCGAGCUCCGCCGGUGGCGGUGGAAGCCCCGGGGCCAUCGGCGCCCAGGAGGCCCCGGAGAAGCGCUGCCUGCCCCCGCUGCAAGGCAGCCAGGCGCCCAGGAAGCCCUUCCUACGCAACGAGCCCCCCGUUACCGGGCUGCGCGGCUUCCGGCGGCUGCCCCCCAUCCAGCAGCAGUUCUCCAUCGAGAGCGACACGGGCCUCACAGAGACGGGCGAACUCUCGCAGGAGCUCGACGUCUUCGAGCGCGGCCGCCCGCGCCCCAGGCUCGUCUUCGUCAUCGGUGGACCGGGCAGCGGCAAGGGCACGCAGAGCCGCAAGCUGAGCGAGCGCUACGGGCUGCUGUGCGUGUCGCUCGGGGAGGUGCUGCGUCAGCACGUGCUGCAGAGAGCGCCCAGCAACCGCAAGUGGAGGCUCAUCGCCCAGAUCAUAUCCAAGGGGGAGCUCGCUCCGCAGGAGACGGCAAUUUGGGAACUGAAGCAACACUUCCUGCAGAACCCGGACGCCCCCGGUUUCGUUAUCGAUGGCUUCCCCCGAGAGAUUUCACAAGCUCUGGCCUUUGAGGAGCAGGUGGGAGCCCCGGACGCGGUGAUCCUGUUGGCGUGCGCCAGCGAGCGUCUCCGCCAGCGCCUGGGCGAGCGCGCCGACCGGCACGGCCGCCCCGACGACAACCCUCGCGCCGUGGAGCGCCGCCUCGCCACCUUCCGCCAGCACACCGUGCCGCUGGUGCAGCACUACCAGGAGCGCGGCCUGCUCCUCACCUUCGACGCCGACCGGGAGGAAGGGGAGCUGUUUGGCGACAUCGGCGCGGCGGUGGAAUCGCGUCUCUUCUGCAGCACGACUCCUGCGGCCGGGCCCAGCGAGCUGGACUUGAGUCUGAUCGGCGAUGGCGGCGACUUGCACAGCUCCCCAACCCGCAGUGUACAGCAGGUUCGGCGGGCGUCCUCUGACAGGGGAGGCAUGGACUCUUCAGAUAACAAGCUGAAGAAAAGCAAGAUCGUGUUUGUUGUGGGCGGGCCCGGCUCGGGAAAGGGCACGCAGUGCGAGCGCAUCGUGGGGAAGUAUGGCUUCACGCACCUCUCCACGGGUGACCUGCUCCGUGCGGAGGUGACGUCCGGGACGGAACGCGGCCAGCGCCUCAACGCCAUAAUGUCCCGCGGCGAGCUCGUGCCCAUGGAGACGGUUCUGCAGAUGCUGAAGGACGCCAUGCUCUUCAAGGUGGAUUCGGCGAAGGGCUUCCUGAUCGACGGGUACCCCCGAGAGCUCAGCCAGGCCGAGGCGUUCGAGAAAAAGAUCGCCAUUCCCAAGUUGGUGCUCUACAUCAACGCGUCGUCGGAGACGAUGAUGGAGAGGCUGAUGAAUCGCGCCAAGACGAGCGGCCGGGCCGACGACAAGGCCGAGACGUUCAAGGCACGACUGCAGACGUACUACGAGGCCACGGAGCCCGUGGUGCAGCGCUACGAUAACAAGGGGCUCGUCAAGAAGAUCAGCGCCGAGGGCACUGCGGACGAAGUGUUCAAGUUGGUCUGCGAAGCUCUGGACUCGUUGAAAUGAGCACUGCUGGUCACGGAGCGACUCCAGCCCGCACGCCAAUCACUAUCGACGCCCCGCCCCCCGGCCCUCCCCCCGCCCCCUGGCCCCUCCCCCCGUAACGCUCGACAUCACGUGCUGCUGUUGAGUACGACGCGCGUUUUUGAAAUCGAUAGCCAUCAUGUGCACAUCUGUGUCAUAGAGCUGCGAGUUUAACAUUUUUACUGAAAUGUUUUGAUCGUGCACCUAAAAAAAAAGAAUUUUAUCUCCCGUAGAUGCCAAAAUUGUGAAAUUGGGAUUCCGGACGCUUCGAUACGCCUGCCCUUUGUGUUGUGCAGGUUACCACCCGUGAUGUGACGCCUCCAUGCUGGCAGUGUGUAAGUGCUACUAGGGUGCAGUGUGUUGGUGACAAAGUGCGUCAGUGCCUGGCGGUAUUUUAUUGUAAAUUGGAUUAUUUCGCAGAGUUUUCUUGCACCAGUGUGAGAUAACUUUUAAGAGCUGGAGACUGCAUGCUCCAUUUAUUAAUGUAAUAAAUUAUGAAAGGAAAA